AUGAAGCUUUAUCUGUUAGACUUGCCGGAUGACAUUUUGUUCGAGGUUAUAUCGUAUUUCGACAUUGCUUGUUUAGGACGCGUUACUCUUGUCUGUCGUAAGCUGUAUCGGUUAUGCCAGCAAGAUAUUGUGUGGCGUAGGUUAUCACGUCAUCUUGUCAACAUUGGGAAAGACGAGCAUCUCAAUCAAAGAAUUGGAAAUCUUUCGAUCAAGGAGCGGUGCCGGAUUGCUUUAAAUUGGAAAAAUGGAAGAUGCCGCGAUAAAUGUCUUAUGAAGUUUGGAAUCAAUUUAUUACCAUGGUUACAGGUGGAAGAUCAGCAUUUAUUUUUAACUUUUGGAUCCGACAUUUGUUGUUAUAAAAUCAAACCUAAUGGUGAGAUACCAAGAUCUCCAAGAGCCUUGUGUGUGGGGCAUCAGGAUGAUGUCUGUCGAUUUGUGAAACGAGGACCAGUACUUAUCAGCGGUGGGAGGGAUGGAGCCGUUAUAUCCUGGAACCAUCGUACUGGAAGAAAGCGUCAUGUAUAUCUCGGACACACAGCGGACGUGAAUUGUGUAGAUUUCAAACAAGACUUAAUUGUAUCAGGUUCAAGAGAUCAGACAAUCAAAUUAUGGUCGAAAGAGAAUGGUGUUUGUCAUUAUACAUUGCAUGCACAAGACAGAGUAUGGGCCGUGAAACUCAAUCCCUGGGACAAUGGCAAGCUGCGUCAUGUUGUUGGAAAGUCAUACAGAAAGGGAGCCGGCAUAUUAGAUAUGCACUAUGAAUCCCCAAACGUACUCUUAUCAUGUGGCUAUGAUACGUAUAUAAGACAAUGGGAUAUCAGAUGCAAUCAAAACAAUUCAGUGUUACAGUUUGAAGAACCAGACGACUCUGCUAUCUACUGCAUACAGACUGAUGGAGGUUAUCUUAUUGCAUCUGGGUCCUCGCGUUACGGGGUUGUCAGACUGUGGGACAAAAGGAUGACCAAAUGCAUGCAGGUAAGACCAAGUAUCAGUAUUGAACUACGUAGUUGUAAAAAUAGGAUAGAUGGUGGCUUUGAUUCACAAGACCCCCAUACAUUCAUGUUUGGCAACUUGGCCUAUUGUUUUUACUCUGUGUCCCAAGUGCGAUUGUAUUGGGCUAGUUCCUCGCCUUACGAAAUGUUAGAACAUAAAGAAGAGCUUGCAGCAACAAAGGCAGCAAAGCUCCAUAGAAAAGACUACAGUAAAGUGAACAUUAGAAGAACAUGUACCGAUAUUGUCAAAGUAAUUAACGUGCAGCCAUCAAAAGAAAAAAGAAACAUGCCUCGAUUUUCAUUAUACUUAUCAUCACAGUUGAUGUAUGGAGUGGUUUGUGUACACCAACAACACUGUGCUUAUCUUAUUGGUGAUGUUCAACGCCUGUAUGACAAGUUUCAUCAAACUCAGAACUUGCCCCCUGCUGACACUGCCUUUAUUGAUCUGCCAUCACAUGUAAGAUCUGUAGAUUUCUGCACUUUACCUGAUCCUAUAUCGCUACAAGAAUCCGCUGUGGAUCCCGACUUUGGUGUUAUACCAUCAUUGAGGGGAGAUUUUAUAACAAUGGUACUGGAUCCAUACUCCAUACCACUUGUGGAACCUAUGUUAACGAGUCCACCUCCAAGGCUAAGAAUAUCAAGUUCUGAUUUAUCAAGUCCACAGGAUCAAAUGCUAGCAGCAUUAGGUAGUCCUCACACUGUUCGAACUCGGUCUGAGAUCAGCUUGAAAGAGGAUCACAUUGUGGAAGGUGCACAAAUUGUUCAGUUUGGGGAUGAUCUGCCACCCAUGGGUGACAUUGGUGAAAUGAUGAUGCAGGACAUUUCUGGUAUAACAUCUCCAGCUCGCCAUCUAGAGGAGAUAAGAGAUCAGCCAGUCUUACCAGCCAGUACCCCUCAGGAGCAAAGCAUGUGGUUAAUAGAUCCAGAUACCGGAUUAUUGAAAUUAUCACCAAUACUGGAAGACGCAGUGCGUAAGAGAAGGAAGAAAGACACCAAGGUAGAAGCAAGUGAUAGAAAAAAACAAUCAGUUGAUGAAACUAUAGAAGAAGAGGGAAAGAAACUGGAUACAAGACCCAAAGAUGUGUCUGGUAUCUCAUCUGGAGAGUCACCAGAAAGACCAUCUGCGGUAGAUCAAGAUUUGGUUCAACUGCAGACUAAAUCACCAGAAUUGGCCGACGAUGGUCUACAUGACUUUGUUACACCCUCAGGAACUACAGCAAGAAAGAGAAAGCUUCAUUUAUUGGAAUUGUCUCCAAUUGAAGAAGAUGAGCGUAAAGAACUCUCUCAUCGAAAGAAGAAAGCUCGUCGACUUGUAUUUGCUGAUGCCAGCAUCAAAUUGUCCCGAGAGGACCUGAAGAAAAAUUUCACAGAGUCCAAGGCCCUAUGUACUGAACUGAUAUUGCCGCAGGUUACGAAAUUUCCAACUCUUAAGGAAUUAUUUGAAAGACCUGGAAGAAAAGGGCUGCAUCCGUCACUUACAAAGUGCUGGGCUAGGAACACAGCAACAGAGGAGGUAGAUUAUUCAACAGAUGAAGAACGGGCAAUUUGGUCUGUUGCUUAUCUGCAUCCAAGAAUUUCUCCACCAAGGACAGAAGAGAGUGAACUUGACAGUAGGGAUAGUGUUUCUAAGACAUUUGGCAGAAAGCGACGACAUGAUAUAACAGAAGCUUCUAUUGAAGAAAUGAGAGAACGAGAAUUUGAAAAAAGUCAUCUCGGAUUAGAUGAAACGCCAUCAUCUAUAAUUGACACCAGUCGUCAGCUUUCAGAAUCAAAACGAUCAUCAUCAACAACAACAAGUUUUCAACUUGAAAUGUCCAGCAGACCUGGUACUGGUUUGGAGAAAAUAGAAGAGACAGUAGCACAACCCUUAGAAGAAAUGAUAUUGGGUGAGACAGAGCCUCUGCAUCUAGAUGUACCAUUGGAAUACCCUACAAUUAUAGAAAGCACUGAAUCAGAAGAUGAGAAGAAGAUGGUACCCACAAUGCAUCAUACUGAUAUCAUUAGAAAAAUAGGGAUUUUAACUAUUGAUAAUCCAACUGCUACAUUUGAAGAAUUGGUCCCUUUAACCACAAAAAGAAACAUUGCUGCCUUAAUGUUUUCUGCUUGUUUGGACUGUGCUGCAACUGGUCACAUGUCACUGGAUCAAGAAAUAAGCUAUGGCCCCAUCUACAUCAGAAGAGGCCCAAAUUUCUAA